GCCAUGUACGUCACGCUGACCCACUUGAUGACAGCAGAGGUUAUAUCACGCUGCUCCGCGCUGAACUUCAGCUAACGUCGCUUCUGAGAGCAGCGGACACCGACGCUGGCAUGAACCCGAUUCUCCCUCCGACUGCGCUCAGAUCCUGCCGUUAUUAGAGCCGUUCACCGGAAGGCUAAUCCGCACUGGAGGAAACUCGGACACGGCUCUAGCGAAUCUGGUUUUCAAUAUGUCCUGUUCAUGCGGACCUGCAGCGAGGUUGAUUAUAAAGUCUGUCCAUAAAGGUUUCCCUCGCUCGCGCCUUCAGCUCUUCAGCCACACUAGAGCGGUUUGCGAUGAAGUCCAUCUCCUUCCGUUCGUGCACGUGAGGGCGUUUUCGCAGACAGCGGUGCGUUUCACCUCUAAAGACGGCGCACCCAGAGACGGCGAUGGAGGAAAGAAGGGCGUAGGUGAGGCGGGUGGAAAGCGGGCGUCAGGCGCUGGAGGUUCAGGGAAAGGUGGCAGUCAGCUGAGAUGCCCGAAAUGUGGAGAUCCUUGUACACACGUGGAGACUUUUGUGUCCUCCACACGGUUUGUGAAAUGUGAAAAGUGCCAUCAUUUCUUCGUGGUUUUGUCCGAGACCGACUCUAAGAAGGGUUUGAAUAAGGAAGCGGAGAGCUCUGAACACGUCAAGUUCGCCUUAGCUCAGAAACCCCCUCCACCUCCUAAAAAGAUUUAUGCCUACCUCGACAAAUAUGUCGUUGGCCAGUCGUACGCCAAGAAAGUGUUGGCUGUCGCCGUCUAUAAUCAUUACAAACGGAUCUACAACAACCUCCCAGCAGCAGGCCGACAGCAAGCAGAAACGGACAAACAGAGCUCCCUCUCUCCCAGAGAGUUAGAGAUCAGAAGACGUGAAGAUGAAUACAGGUUUACAAAGCUGCUUCAGAUCGCUGGCAUCAGUCCCCAUGGUAACGCUCUGGGUGCGUCCGUUCAGCAGCAGACCAAUCAGCAAGCUCCUCAAGACAAGAGGGGCAGGGACGUCCUUGACUCCGCCCACAGUGAUAUUAAGCUGGAAAAAAGCAACAUUGUGUUGCUGGGACCUACUGGAUCUGGUAAAACCCUGCUGGCCCAGACUCUGGCUAAAUGUUUGGAUGUGCCCUUCGCCAUCUGUGACUGUACCACCCUGACGCAGGCGGGCUAUGUAGGCGAAGACAUCGAGUCUGUUAUUGCCAAACUACUGCAGGACGCCAACUACUCAGUCGAGAAAGCCCAGCAAGGCAUAGUGUUUCUGGAUGAGGUGGAUAAGAUUGGCAGCGUGCCUGGAAUUCAUCAGCUGAGAGAUGUUGGGGGCGAAGGAGUUCAGCAGGGUUUGCUGAAAUUGCUUGAGGGAACAAUCGUUAAUGUUCCAGAGAAGAAUAGCAGGAAGUUGCGAGGGGAGACGGUGCAAGUGGAUACAACCAACAUUUUGUUCGUAGCCUCAGGUGCUUUCAACGGGCUGGACAGGAUCAUCAGCCGUAGGAAAAAUGAAAAGUAUCUUGGUUUUGGGACGCCCUCUAACCUGGGGAAAGGGCGUCGAGCUGCAGCAGCUGCAGAUCUGGCCAACAGCUCAGGGAAUGAAGUGGAUGCAAUGGCAGAGAUUGAGGAAAAGGACCGACUCCUGCGGAACGUUGAAGCUCGGGACCUCAUUGAGUUCGGCAUGAUCCCGGAGUUUGUGGGCCGUCUGCCUGUGGUGGUGCCACUGCACAGUCUGGAUGAGGAGAUGCUGGUGCAGAUUCUUACAGAGCCCCGUAACGCGGUGGUCCCUCAAUAUCAGGCCCUCUUCAGUAUGGAUAAAUGUGAGCUGAAUGUAACUCCAGAUGCUUUAAGGGCAAUUGCCCGUUUUGCACUGGAGCGGAAGACAGGAGCCAGGGGUCUCCGCUCCAUUAUGGAGAAGCUCUUGCUGGAGCCCAUGUUUGAAGUGCCUCAAUCUGAUAUCAUUGCCGUGGAACUGACUAAGGAGGUGGUCCGGGGCAACUGUGGACCACGCUACAUUAGAGCUCCUCCCAAAGAAACCGAGGAAGAGUUUGACUCGGCCUCUGAAGAAGACAACUGGCCCAGACACGCCGACGCCGCAAACAACUGAACUGAAGCGCUGUGCAGUUCUUCCAGUCAGACCUAAACGGAGAGCGGUGUUUGUAGAUUUUUAAACGACAGCACAAUUGGAACGUGAACUACAUAAAAUGGUGCAUUUAAUAACCUAAUGCAGUUAUUUACACUAAUGUAGUGGAGAUCUAGCUUAUUUUCAAUCUGUUGAUUGAUCAUAUUUGUAUCUGUCUAAAGAUAAUUAUUCUAUACCGAGAAAGACGUGAGUGGGUGACGUGUUGCUUGUCGCCGGUGUAUGAACGUUAUAAGGGAAGUAUACGGAUUAUGUGAGAUUUCAAAAUGUUGAAUUUUAGUAUUUCUGGUGCAUAAUACACCUGUGACAUAUGUCCUUUUUCAGCAGGACACACUGAUACCGCACAUGUAAUAUUUUCUUAUGCCUCUGUUUUAACCAUGACGUUCAAUCCUACGACGUUACGUACAUCUAGUUUUUAGGUUUUACUGCUUUCUUAAGAAAACCGUUAACUUAAGAACCGAACAAAAACAAUGUGAUAAUAAAUUUGAUAAAAGUC